UGUUAGCCUGUGGUGAUGCGUUCAGGUGCCAGGAGGAGGAGGAGGGUUCAGGGAAAGGUCUAACCCGUUGGUUUACACUGAACCAGAACCAGAACCCAAGACAUGAACCUGGACUCAGGUCUUCUCUCUGGAUCUGAUUAUUUUCAAUGAUGGUUAAAGACCUGUCUGGUCUCUGAUGGAGGAUCUGGAUGGAGGAUCUGGAUGUGGAUCUGGUUUCUGUGCAGUGAUUUUAUUCUGAGUCUGAGGUGUGCUGAUGUCUGGUGGGCAGCUACUUUAAAUGCUAAUUCUCCUGCUUUCCAUCCUGUACCCGAACACAUCAGCUCUAACUGCCCCCCCACAGAGUGACCACUCGGCUGUCAGCCCCCCCCCGAAACACAAACACCACGUCUGUCACAUGACAGACGAGAGGUCAGGCGUGUUUGACGAGUUCAGAGGGAGAGAGGAAGGAAGACGGUGUUUAGAUGGAGAGAAGAAGAAGAGGAGGAGGAGGAGGAGUCUCAGUGUGCAGCUAAUGGCCGUCUGUCUGUCUGUCCACCCCCCGGGUUUCUGUGAUUGGAGGCCGUCCUGCAGGGAGCCCCAGGUGAUUCUGGGUAAUUCUGUCCAGGUGUGAUGAGACGUGAAAAAUCCUUCACUUUCAGACCUGAUGCUCGUCCUGUUAUUAACCCUUUAAUACACACACACACACACACACACACACACACACUCAGGCAGGUCAUUACAGGCUGUUGCAGGAAUCAGCAGACAGUCCAUUAAAUCGUCUGUCUGAGUCUGAUUCACAGGUUGGACCCCCACAGAGACGACAACUCGUCUCCUUCACCAAGGACAAAACACACACACACACACACACACACACACACACACAGAGUCUGGACUCAGACCUGGGUUCUGUGUUUGGACCUCAGACCUGACUCAGAUAAAGAACCUGGAUCAUGUGAUCAGUCUGAUCAGAACCAACAAGGUCAAAGGUCAAGUUCUGUUUCCUGUUUGAAGAUGUUCACGUUAGAGUUUAACAGAAACAUUUCAGACCUGGAACAGCUCCUGGUUUUCAGACCCUGUCACAGGAAGAAGACGAUGGUGAUGAACAGGUGUGUGAGUGUGAUGCUGCUGAUGACCAGCAGGGGGCGGAGUUUAUCCACAGGAACAUGGAGACUUCAACAAGAAGAAACAGGAACAUUAAAGCUUCAUGUGGAGAAAAACCUCCUGACUCAGCCCUCAGUCCAGACUGACAGGUGACUCACCUGUGUCACUGCUUCACACAUCACCAGCUGGAGGAGGCUUUUAUUCUGAAGGACAACAUCAUGAACCUGUCGACAGGUGUGUGAAGGUUCAGAGCUGAUCCACCUGAGGUUACCUGGUCCAGAUGUUUCCUCAGGUGGAACCAGAGCAGUGAUGGUUUUCCUCUCUCUCUCUCUCUCCAUGCUCAGUGGUUGUCGAACGCCCGGUGGUCUCUGCAUUUAUUCAUGGAGCCUCUGAAACUUUAAUCGUCAGCUCCAUUAAUCUGUGGCUGCGCUUUAAAAGCAACAAUUAAAGAUUCAUCCCCCCCCAACUGAAAUAUUCAUGUCUGCUGAUUCACUGGAUGAAGGAGGAGACAGAGAAACACAGGAGCUGACAUCACUUCCUGUUCUCCAGCUAACCUCGCUAACGUUAGCAUCAGAACAUUAGCUGAGUGUUCACUACUGCUGAUGUGAGGAGCAGCCAUCUUGGAUUCUUCAGACUUCAGAGAGGAACCUGAACGCAGCAUUGUAUCAGUGAUACCAGCUUUUAGCAAUGAAUGCUAACUGGUACUAAUGUUAGCUAACCUAGCUAAUGUUAGCAGUAGCGUCAAAGUUUGUUUUUCUUCAUUGGUUUAAAGCUGCAGUCGUUUCCUCUUCCUCGUCACAGUGAAGCAGGAAAAUGACUCUGAACAGUUUCUGGACUCGGAUUGGCAGCAUCUGGAAAACAGGAGAGACUGGACCAGGUGGACCAGGUGGACCAGGAAACAGGAAGUCAGACUGACCAAUCAGGAUCAGAGUGAUAUUAACAGUAAUAAUAAUAACAGUAAUAAGACUGAUACAUAUGAAAUGUAACAGCAGGUGCUGAACAGGAUCACCUGGCUGAUCACCUGUCACUGACUCCUUCAUUUAGAAAACAGGAUUUAGGGCGCCCCGGAUCGACUCCUGGUCCGGCCGGAUCUUUACUGUGUGUCAUUCCCCCGCUCUCUCUCCCUGUUUCCUGUCUCCUCUCCACUGUCCUGUCCAUUAAAGGUGAAAAAAAAAACCCCAAAAAAAUAACCUCUGACCCCUGACCCCAGUCCUGAGCUUCAGUCCUGGUCCUGGUCCUGGUCCUCUGUCUCUGAAUGGGAGCAGCGUCCACAUACUUUUGGCCUCGCGCCGCUCCCCGGGCUCUGAUUGGUCAGGACGAAGACACCGUGUGUCGGAGGCUCCGCCCAGCGGGGGGCGCCCCGGCAGCAGAGCGGAGUGAGCCGGUGACCACAGCAAACGCUCCUCCCGCGGCUCCAACUUUACCUCCGCUUCUUUGUUCGGUUUGUGUCGGAGCCGGUUCGGUUCAGAGCUGCAGAGGAACGAGACGAAAGUUCGAGUCCCGGUCCAGAGAGAGGAGAGGAACCGAGGGAGACCCAGAGACCCGGAGACCCGGAGACCCGCUCCUGAUGCGGACUGACGCCGGGGUCCUGAAGUUCCAGAGCGGCGGGAGGAUCCGGGGUACGGACGCGGCGGGGACCGGGUCCUGAGCUCCUCCUCGGUCUGAGACUCAGUUACAUAAGAGAGGACGGAGGUCCUGGAUGAGAGCUCCGGGACUCGGACUCAGGACUGAGGAGUUUUUUAGGACGCACAUGGACUGAUCCAGCUCUCGGUCCUGGAUCUCUCUGGUUCUGAUCCGGCUCUGAUUCAGAGAACAUGAAAGUUUGGACCAGUUCUUGGAGCCGGACUCGGAUGGUUUCUCUCAUGGAUUAUUGUCCCGCUGCCUGCUGGGAAACCCUCUGUGAGAACAGCCAAUAAUCGAUCCGGACUGAGUGAACCCCCUUCUCCUCAGACUGUUUGAUGAGUUCUGGUGCUGGUUCUGGUUCCUGCUGAAGAGAAGAGACGCGGAUGUUCGCCGGGACGCAGCGCGCCGCGCCGCCGCACAUGGAGCGCUCCGGGCGGCCGCUGCUGCUGCUGCUGCUCGGCCUCCUGCUCCGGCUCUGCUCCGCAGUCACCGACGACCGCAUCAUCUCCGACCGGUACGCCGUCUACUGGAACAGCUCCAACCCCAGGUUCUUCCGGGGAGACUACACGGUGGAGGUGGCCAUCAACGACUACCUGGACAUCUACUGUCCUCACUACGAGGUGCCGGAGGCGGCCGAGCGCAUGGAGCACUACGUGUUGUACAUGGUGAAUUACGACGGGUACACCACCUGCGACCACCACAGGAAAGGCUUCAAACGCUGGGAGUGUAACCGACCGCAGAGCCCCAACGGACCGCUCAAGUUCUCCGAGAAGUUCCAGCUUUUCACGCCAUUCAGCCUCGGCUUCGAGUUCAGGCCGGGACACGAGUACUACUAUAUCUCGUCUCCACAUCCAAACCUGGCUGGGAAACCGUGUCUGAAGCUCAAAGUCUACGUCAAACCAACCAAUGACUCCGUGUACGAGUCUCCGGAGCCCUUCCUGACGGACGACACCACCGGCGGCUGCAGCCUCGCUCUGCCUCGCCUCUCCCUGCUCUUCGCCAUGUUGCUCGUCCCGCUCCUCGUCUUCAUCUUCGCCUCCUCAUAGCACCUCCUCUUCAACCUCCUCCCGUCGCUCUGAGGAGAAACAACCGACCCGAGGCAGGAAACCGAUCCAGCUCCCCCUUCCUGACCUCUGACCUUCACCUUAAGUCCGCUCAGCAGCUCAGCCAAUCAGAGGAGGCAGAGGUCAGAUGAUGUUUAAAGCUCCUACAGAGCUGUGAGUGGACUCCAUUAACUCCCAUGUUAAAGUCACCACAGAUCCACUGGAUGUAACGAGGUUACUGAACAUACGUCCGACCUCUGCUCACUCACGUUUCUACAACGAAUUAAAGCAAACUUAAAGAACCACAGCAGAGUAUUUUACUAAACCUACAACCUCCCAGAACAUGACGCUUUUUAAAUUCCUGUUCAAAGAAAUCUGGAUCAGAUGAGGAAUUAGAUGCAUAGUGUUCAAGUUAUUAUGAAAUAUCAGAUGAGAUGUUUGAUCCACGUCUUGAGCACAAGACUGAAAAUGUUCCAGGAUUCUUCCAGAGCUCAUACGAUGAGGAACAGGAGCACGUUGUUAUUUUGUUUACUCACAAUAAAAAAUAUCUUUUAGGACUUUGUACAGAUGUAGAACAAGAUAAUAAUGUUUGUACAAAUUAAAAAAAAGAUUUUUUUUAUUGUGUGUGCUCUCUCAUCAGUAUUUGUACGAGUCCUAUUACAUAGUGUUUUUUAAUCUUGUGCUCAGGACGUCGUCUGAUAUUUCAGACUGGAUCAUUUGUGUAAAACCUGAACCUAAAAAUAAAAAUAACGCUCAGAACAUCAGGGACCUCACAGACUGAACAUCACAAAUAACGACUUUUUGAACAGAAUGAAAAGCUGCUUUACAUUUAAACUUUAAAUUAACAGUUUGAGGAGAAUCAGACUUCACUGAUUUGUAUAAUUAAUGAGUAGAAAUCAAAGAUUGGCUUUGCAACAAACUGCAAACAAAACAAAUUAUAUCAGAUAAAGAUGAAUAAACUGUGCAGAUCUUUUUUUCAGAUCUAGUUCUCUAAUAUCUUUAAUAUGAAAUAUUUUGCACCAGAUAUUUUACAGUUUGUCUUGUUCCUAAACCUGCGAGUAAAAAGACAGUUUAGAGUAAAUCAGCUAAAACCUGAAGCUCUCUGAAUGAGUCUGGUCCAAAACGAACAACAUGAUGAGUGUGAACAUGGUGGUCGAUGGAGUCCAGCUUCAGUCUGUUUGGACAAACCAAAACAGAAACACGUCAGAGACUGAACUCAUCAGGCUGAUCUUCAUCCACAGUCUGCAGCAGGACCAGGUUCUCUGAGGAUCCAGCUUCAGGAAACAUCCAGUCCAUCUCAGACCUUUUCACUGAUGAUGACGGUCACAGAAAUCAGCCACAGCUGUUCAUCGGGUCAAACCCGUCAGUCCUGGUUUCUCUGAACUAUGCAGAACAAAGUCACCAUUCAACCUGGAUCCAAUAACAAGGUUCAGCUCUCACGUCUUCACCUCAACCUUCUCCCUGAUCAAUCAAUCAAUAUCUGACCAGAACAAUCUGAUUCUCAGACGCUGUCUUCACCUCUGUGUUUAAUGCAGCUUCCUAAUCACCUCAAUAUUCAACAUCAGGCGGCUUCGAACUCGAGUUUUCACUAAAACUAAUUUAGCAUGAUUACAUGGUUUCAGAUCGGGGGGGAGAACCGGGUCCAAAGUAACAAGUCGACUUUCUCUGAGCUCUGAGAUGUCCGACUGUGUCAGCAGGAAGUGAACACAACACUCAAACUGAAAAAGUAACUCAAGCAAUGAUUUUUUUUUUAAAUGACAAGUUUGUGUUUAUUGUCUCAUGAGUCAGAAACUUGAUCUACUGACAGAUUAUUGAUUAUUGAUCAGUGUUUUUCAGUGUGGACUCAGGUUUAAAUGACUGACACCUCCACCAUAACAAAUGUUACAGCAUUUAUCAAAGUGUUAAUGAGCUGAUCUUUAUAGGCACUGAAAUUUAAUCAAAAUUUAACAUUUAGUUAUGAAGCUAACAUGAUACGUUUACAGUUACACAUUAACAUUUUAAUCAAAACAAGAUCAAUAUAAAAAAUUACAGAUUAUUCCAAAGCUGUUUGACUCCUUUUCCGUCUGUCACAGUUUCUUUUAAAAUAACAUUUAUCUGCAAAGCGUCACUUUGGACCAGGUUCUCUCCGACAGACCGGGACAGAUUCACUGAAUCCUGGACGUGUUUUAACAAAAUCAAAAUGAGCUGCAGAGAACCAGAACAACAAGCCGAUUUCUUCAUGGAGUUAAUGUUGAUUAGUUCUAGAAACAUCAGUGGUUCGUUACUGAAACGUUCAAACAUUAUUUAUCAUUACGAUUUUCAGAUCCAGACUUGAGCCCUUAUCAGAGCUGUGGAUUAUUUCGACUGAAAUCAUCAUCAUCAGUUUCAAAUAUUAAAAUAGAAAAAAAAUAAGAUUAGGCUGAAGCCUCUCUCUCUCUCUCUCUCUCUCUCUCUCUCUCUCUCUCUCUCUCUCUCUCUCUCUCUCUCUCACUCACUCUCUCUCCCCCUCCCUCCCUCUCUAUGUCUCUCGCCCACCUCCAGCCCUGCAGCAGCAGACGGCCUUUUUCAUUUCUGUAAAUCUGCCAAAGACUCUUGUUAAACUUUUCUAUCGGGCGCUUCUCUAGAGGACGGGAGGGGGGGGUAAAGUCAUAUAGCAGCUAUUGGGGGCGUGGGGGGGUGGGGGGGUAUCUGAAGGGGAGGAGUCAGGUUAACUUUUUUUUCUAAAUCAUGUUGUUUUGUUGUAAAAAUACAAACGAAUGUUCUGCGCAAAAUAAAAACGAAAAAUGGCCUUUUUUCCCCACUGGUGCUGAAUUUUUAGAGACUGACGAACAGCGACACCGUGUGGCCGAGGUGAACAUCUUCAUCAAGUCCCACGUAUUUUUUUCCUCUUCAUCUCUUCAUACCAUCCCUCCAUCUCUGCCGAUGGAGGGGGAGCGUGUCCUUGUGUGUGGACGAGUAGGGGCAUGCUGGGAAAUGCAGUAUAUAUAACGAACGCACUGUGACGGAGGACGGACAGAUGGACGCUGUAGCACUUGGACUCCUGUGGAGAAGGAUGGAAACAAACUCAUGUUUCCUUGUCAGGUUUUUAUUUUACGUUUGUGCCAUUUUUUUCCGUUUUAAAAAACACAGGAGUAAAAUUCAUAUGAGAUAUGAAUUCAUCAGUGGAGAUGAGAAGGAAUCAGUCUGAUGUUUGUUGUUGUUGUUGCUGUUGUUGUUGUUUUUCUCCUUUUUGUUCCUGCUUGCAUCACAAUGCAUUCUGGUCCUUGUAGUCCCGUGUGUCCCGGUUCAGUUGAUGAAUAAUAUUCAGUGGGUUCUCCAGCUCGUCAUCCGUUUUCUUUGUUGAUUUUCGUGUGGAUGGAAUCAGUUUGUCGUGGCUGUAAGAAAUGUUAAAGAACCUGGAGGAAGGAAAAACUACAGAAAAAAAGUUCUGGUGGUGGUUUUGUGAGUGGGAGUGAGACCUCCCUGCUGUCUCUGGUUUACAAUAUCUCUGAGCUCAAUCAUAUGACAAGUAAAUGUUUUUCUACGUUCAAAUGUCUGCAUAUUCUAUUCUUUGAAAGACAAAAAAUCUGUUUUUGUAUAUUUUCUUAUUGGAUGCUUAUAAAGUCCUGUUGUAAAGAAUGCAUUUAUCUGAUUGGCUGAAGAGCUAAUGAGGGGUCAGAGGUCAUCAGGCCUUUUCAGGACAUUUUUUUCCUGCGCUGCAUGAGCAGGAAAAACAAAAACCUAAGAAUACAUUUACUGAAUUUACUUUGAAGAAGAUUUCAGAGAGAAAAUGUUAUGACGUGUAUGAAUCUGUGUUUGAUAAAUUCACCACCAAUAAAAAAAGUUCCACUAAAAAAUA